UCUUAGGGUUUUAAUGACCACGUAACCCGAAUGCAUGGCAUCUUAGGGUUUUAAUUUAUAGCCUUCAGGCUUCAUCUUCUCAUCCUAUUUCAAAACCCUAGCUCUCUUGAAGAAGCAACUGUUUCCAUGGACAAACUUCCUGAGUCUCUGCUACUCGAAAUCCUGAGUCGACUCGACAACUCAGCCGACGUUGCUUGCUGCCGAGUCGCUUCCAAGGCUUUCAAUAAUGUUUUUCCAGACCUUCGAUCAAUUAACCUACUAUGCUCAUGCCCAUGGUGCGGUACUUCAGGCUCUGUUUCUCCGAGUUGUUUCAAGAAGGUUUUUCUGGACCUUAUUUCUAAACUGAGAGUUGUUGAAUCGGUGUGUAUCGGCCUUCAUGACGCCAUUGGAGUUGAUCCCGUAGAUGAGGAAUUUUUAAAGGAGUGGCUGCCUAGGGUUUCCCAAACCUUGAAAUCGCUUUCGUUAUUUCGUCUUCCUUUGAAUGUUUUGCCUCUGAUUUCUAAGUAUUGUCAUAAUCUUGUUGAGUUAAAUCUAGGUUAUGGAUGGCUGUCUGUGUACAACUUGAAUCCAAUGCCAAUGCUUACUACCUUGACACUUGCACAUUCAAGUUUAGAAGAUCAACACCUAAACCAGUUUAAUAAGUGUUUCCCUAAUCUUCAAGUUCUUAAGUUGGUAGGUAUCAUAGGACUUAAAGAUCCAAAGUUCCACCAUCUCAACCUCCAAACCUGUCAUUGGUCUGUAUAUCAUAAGCAACCGUCUUUGACUCUGAUAACACCAAACCUCAUCACACUCAGAAUUGAAUGUUUCUGUUACACUGCAAUUCAUGUUGAAGCUCCCAUGUUAUCUCACUUUCAUCUUAGCCUUGAUACCCUUAAACAUGCUGGCUUCUUACUUUCAGAAUUCCCGACCACAAAAACAGUAGAAACUUUGAUAUUGGAUUCGAGAAGCAAAGCACCAAGAGACGCUAGAUAUUCAAAAUUUACCCUAGAGAAGGUGUUCAGGGUUUUUCCGAACGUGAGUUUUCUACGUAUUAAUUCAGGUGCUUGGUCGGAAUUAGAAGCUUGUUUGAAUCCAGAAGGUUGGGAGAUUUUGGAUGGGAGUAAAGGAUUGAAGACAAUCUGUGCAUAUCUGAUGUUAGUUGACCCGUUGUUGACUUUCUCAUAUGUUGCACGUCUGUUGGACCAAUGCGUAGGCUUGUCACUGGUCUCGUUGCUUAUCCACUGUUGUGUUGAUGGUACUCAAUGUAAAAGUUUCAGGUCUAAGUGCAUGGCUCAUUGGCCUGGGUUGAAGUGGCGGUGGGGAAUAUGGGGUGAAGGCAUGAAAGAUACUUGGAUAACCGAUCUACAGAUAACCGAACACCCCAAAUCAUCUAAGAAGCUCCGGUUGUGAUGAAGUAAGAUCGAUCAUAUGUCAUUUGUAAUCGUUUCUAUUGAUGAAGGCUUUUAACAUUUUUAGUUUAUGUUACAGGCUAGUGUGUUUUUAUGAAAUAUGUGAUUGGUUGGUGUGCAAUAUUUCCAGAAUAUUAUUGGUUUUGAUCUACAAUAUAUUAUACUAAAC